GGUAGCCAUUGAUGUUGGUGGUAAGAAGAUUGAAAUAGGGGGUAACGGAUCACCGGGGCCGAAUAUAUACGUAAUAUGGAACGACUCGGAGAUCCUUCCCUACGCACUCACCAUGAUCCGUAUUAGUUCCUGGAGGCCAACAAGAACGAACGACAAGCGUGUUCAACGUUUGUGUUGCGAGGAAUGCGGAAUUCGUUCGUAAUACUCUAUUGUGAUACUUUGUUCUUCGCAUAUAGGGUAACUUGUGCAGUAACUUCCAGAUCAAGUCAUUGGUCCAGGUAAUCUCGGGUAUAGCGAUUACGCUGUCCUUCUUCCUUCCCAUGCGGGGGUCGUGUGCGACGUACGCACCUAACUUUGAGCGUCCCUAAUUUGAAGUUCUUUAGGUGGCAACGGAUACGUGUCAAGCCUCUCAGCUCAUGAAAGGUGUUAUAGAUAUCUGCGAAACCCAUACAACUAUCACUAUUGACAUGUCCUUACUUCAGCACACUGGUCCAUCAACGUUUUACACGGAAUUAGCAGAGUUACCCCUUCCUGUGUCUGCUGAUUUCGUUGGCUCCGAUGUUCCACGCGUCACUUACACCAUUCGCGAUCAUGAGCGUAAUAUCACACGAUCCCUCACCAAAACUUUCCCUGGGGGCAUCGGUUCUGAUCAUCAGACAACAUCCCAUGAUUCCUCCGAAGUUAAGGCAUUUAGAACAUCUCCUUCCAAGUCUCGCCAGGCUGUCCUCCGAGAGGUUGCUGAUGGCACAAGUACGAAACGUUUCGUCGAAAUCUGGGCCGGCAUCCAGAUAGAGGCUUCCUUGGAUGUCACAAAGUACCACGAUGCUUUCCAUACAGAUGAUUUCACAUCAUCGCUCUCCUUCUCCCCAUCGGAAACAUCCCUUCUAUAUACCGCCGAAGCAAUCAUCGGCGAUGAUAAUGCUUCAGACGAUCCUUAUCCCAAAUUCAGAUACACUCCGCACUUCGGCGAACUAUCUCGCGGCAAGAAAGCACCGACUAUUUUUCUAUUCCGCUGGACAAGGUCCACAGCCUUCACCAAGGCUACUAAGCAAGAUAUGUUGCUCGUUGCCCUUUCGCUGGCACAGCCUACCCAAGCGCCCGUCCUGUUUGGCCAAGCUACUUUUGCGACAGAAGAUAUCAUCUACGCCAGUGGAUACGAACACACCAAAGACGGUCGACUACUGGGGAUUAAAUGGUGCUUUAAUCGCCCCAUGGGUAUAUGGGAGAUUAAACUCCCCGAGUCAGCGACCGUGCAGGGGACACCUUUUGGUGCUAAAAUGCCAUGCAAUGCAUUGAAGCUGACACCGUCGGAACGGUCCUGUCGUUCACCUCGUGUAUUAUAUGAUAACAAUCAGACACCUACUAAACUCUUCUGGUUCUCGAAUCCUGUCGGCGGUCCCCACGCAUCUUGCGUGUCUCUGGAAUCUCGUGAUCUAACUACAGGUACCAACAAGGUCCUCGUGGAUACCGUAAUGGAGCCUACCCCCGAAAACCAUUUUCCAGGUCUAUAUCCCAAUUAUAACAUGCCCUCCAGCCCGUUUUUACGUCGCGGAGACCAUACAUACAUCGUACUUCACUCCUUAUGGCGCUCUCGUGCGACGAUCCUCUUCAUUGAUACAGAAUCAGGAGCAAUUUCAGACGAGACAAAAAUGCGAGAUGGCGAACCUUUGUAUAAUUGGGAUUUACAUGCUACAGACGAUAAGGCGCACUUCAUCUGUUCAAGGAGCACGCCUACUACCCCACACGAAGUGUUACUAGGAUACUUUGAUGAACACGACAACCUCGAUUGGAAAGCUCUAGAUAAGCCAAUGAUAUCUUUCGCAACUGAGAACGCACUCCGUGAUCUCACUGCAUCGAUCAUACCCAUUGGCGCGCGUCCUCCAACAGAGACUAUUGUAAUUCAGUCGAAGGAAGCUUCCACAAGACCUGGCCCAAAACCCAUCUGCGUUACCAUUCCACAUGGAGGACCACAUACAUCAACGACAACAUCAUUCUCCCCAGCUACUGCUGCACUAGCCUUGGAAGGAUAUACAAUUUCCCUUCCCAACUAUACCGGUUCCAUGGGAUUCGGCGAAAAGUACAUCCAAAAACUUGUCGGGCACUGUGGAACAAUGGAAGUACAAGACGUCGUAGAGAGUGUCAACGACCUCAUCCGGCUGGGCAUCUCAGAGCACGGACAACAAGUCGUCCAAGGUGCAAGCUACGGUGGUUUCAUUGCCGCGCACCUGAUCGGCCAAUACCCAACGCUAUUUAACGCAGCAGUGAUGCGCAACCCCAUAACCAGUUUUAGCGAACUAGCGUCCGACAUCCCCGACUGCGCCUACACUGAAUUCGGGCUCCAGUUUACCCCGGACUCGCUCAUGACACCCGCUACAUUCCAACAAAUGUUCGAAGCGUCGCCUAUCGCGCACGUCGAUAAUGUACGCGCGCCUGUAUUGUUGUUGAUUGGAGAAGACGACUUGCGUGUGGGACCGGCACAGGGGUUGAGAUUUUAUCAUGCGCUCAAGGGCAGGGAAAGGAGAGUGGAAAUGUUGUGGUUUAAGGGGGAGAUGCAUUUACUCAAUGGUAUUGAGGCGGCAAGGGUUUCGUUGGAGGCUGGGAGGGAUUGGUUUAAGAAUCUGGGGCAAAACCCAGUUGACUGAUGAUGUGGAGGAUUUGAAUGCUGCUGUUAUGUGUGUGAGAUGCGGGACGUGAGCAAGGAGGAUAUGUUUGCGUAGUGUUCAGGCUGGAAAGUGCCUCGCGUGUUCACUCCAUUCUGUAUAUAGUAUUAGUUCGUACCGGCAGUGUUAUAUUCACCCAACCUCGAGAUAUGUUUCUUAUUUUUCUGCGCACCAGAGCAUCUGGGCGAAGUGAUGCGUCGAGGUACUCCUGGGCGGUUAGCAAAACUAGAAGUGCUCUAAACAUCGAAAUUGUCAUGAAAGCCAC